GUUGCUCAGGUGGGGAGGAUAUCUUGCGUGAGGGGUGUGGCUACUCUCAUCCAUUAAAGUGCUCGUGCUGGAAGUUGAUGGCGUUUGACAUGAGGAUUGUCUGUUGAGUUUCUCCAGCAAUGGAUGUCAGUUGAUUAAGCGUUCAUCGGCAGUAUCCUAAUAUUAUCUACUUACCGAUCCCUUCAGCCAGUGAACUGGAUUUGAGACAAUUGGAUGUCCACUUCGUGUCCUCCAAUGGAUGGAGCUCCAGUUGUAACCACGGCACCUCUACCUCCUGUUUCCUCCAGGUGCUUUCAAAAUGAGACCUCACCCUUCAGACGUACCGCCCAGCCCCCUCCCCUGGGCCCUCCACCUCCUCCUCCCCCUCCGCCACCUCCACUACCACCCCCACCGCCUCCACCUCCUUCACCUAUGGGGGACCCCUUCACCCGGACUGUCCAACGGCGCUCAAAAAUGCGCAACUUCAACUGGGACGCCAUCCCCAGGCAUAGCGUUUUGGGCAAGCGCAACGUGUGGACAGCCCAACGCAACCUUGAGAACUUUGAACUGGACACUAAGCGCAUGGAGGAGCUUUUCAGCCACAACGAGCACCAGGGUUUAGUCCGUAAGGGUGGGACGGUCAGAAAAAGUGUGUGGGGCCUUUCGCAAAUCACUACAGAAGCAGAGAAUGUAUCAAUUCUCAACUCUAAGAAAAGUAUGAAUAUUGGUAUUUUGCUAAAACGGUUUAAAAGGACACCGAAGGACAUUGUAGAGGCUGUCAGGCACGGGAACCUCUGCUUUGCUUCCGGGAAACUGAAGGAACUCAACAAGCUGUUGCCCGAUGACAUGGAGACAAAGAAGCUGAUGUCAUUCAAUGGAGAUUUAUCUCAGCUAAAUGAUCCUGACCGUUUCAUGGUGAUGCUGGUUCAAGUGCCUGGGUAUAAAGUGAGAUUAAAGAGCCUGCUCCUCAGAGAAGAGUUUUUUCCCUUUAUAGAGGAGAUCAAGCACUCCAUUGCUGUCAUGACAACUGCUGCUAAUGAAUUGCUGGCAUGUGAUGACCUACAUUCAAUCAUCAGACUGGUGCUGAAGGCUGGUAACUACAUGAAUGCAGGUGGCUAUGCAGGUAGUGCCAUUGGCUUCAGGAUGACAUCAUUGCUCAAACUAGUGGACACCAAAGCAAAUAAACCUGGCAUGAACCUUAUGCACUAUGUAUCCAUGCAAGCCCAGCAGAUCGAUGAAGCUUUGCUGCGUUUCCCUGAUCAGCUUCAACACAUUGGAAUUGCUGCAAGGAUCCAAAAGCAGGAGGUGGAGAUGGACCUUCAAAGGGAGUUGGAGAAAAUUAGGGAAGCAAAGAUGGAUGCUAGUAAACAGCCCGAUUUACAACAUCAGAUGGAAGCAUUUCUUUGUUUGGCAGACAUUCGGCUUGCAGACGUGGAGGCCUCUCUUCAGGAACUGGACACCAUCAGUGCCUCAGUGGCAGAGUACUUCUGUGAAGACCCAGCCUCAUUUAAACUAGAGGAGUGUUGCUCUAUCUUUCAUUCCUUCUGUGAGAGGUUUGAGAGAGCUACACAGGAAAACCGUGAGCGAGAAGUGGCUGAGACUCGCAAGCGACAGCAGAGAGAAAGAGAAAAGCUGACCAGAACGGCUAAGCGCCGAUCCACCGGCACAUGCUCCAAUCGGGAUGCGAGUGAUGAAGCCACCGCUCUAGAAUCUGUCCUGACCAGUUUCCUUAGCCAGCGUCCUUCUCGCAGGAGGCCCGUUGGGGACAGAUCUGUCACAGACAGCCCCAUCAAAAACAUCUGCCCUCAGGUUGAGGAGCCUGAGGGCGGAGGGCAUCUGGACAGCCCUGCGGAAACCAAAGAGGAGAAAAUUGAGAUCUCAAGGGUGCAAGAACCAGAGGACAUCUGCCAGAAGGAGGAGGCUUCACUCUGCGGUGUUAAUGAUGUUCAGCGAGCACGCGCCACAUCCAAAAGAGGACAGUGCAUUGAUGAUGGACUGAUUCCUGAAUGCAAUGACCAUAAAAAAGGUGGGUGUAGCAACACCUCUACCAAACAAGAGUUUGUGGUGACUGAAGGUGAAGGGGUGGAUAAAGGAGAAGUGGAGGAGACUGGAGACAUGGAUAAAGGAGAAAGAGAGGAGAACAAUGAGAAUACAGAGGAGGCAGACAAAAUGCCCGAGCUCUCCGGCAAAAUCUUCCGCUUUCAGGAUUGCGGCGGCCUGAAUGGAACCAUUACACCAGAUCGUUCCCGAGGCCACGUCAUGUGCACCUCUACUCCUCGACAGAGGAACAUAAAAGAGGUGGAUCUGGCCUUGCAGAAUGGAAUGGGAGGUCUAGGCUCACCGUGGACCAUCCUCAGCCCUCGUAUCUCUCCCAGUAACACUCCCCACCGCAGACACUCCUUCUCCUUCUCCAGGGUGGAUAUCCUUGAUGAUGGGGUAUGGGCGUUGCCUGACACACCUGUGCGCGACAAGCCCUCUUUCUCUCAUAAAUCGGGUGUGGGGACUUCAUCCUCAUUACCAGACUGUCCAUCAAAGCAAACUCCAGCACACGGGAUGCCUAUAAGGUCUGCAUCACUUACUGAUGAAAAAGAGCAAGCAUCUAACUUCAAACUGGGACAGAUCUUUCAUAGACGCAAUGGACAGGAGCUUCCUCCAGAUAAAAGACCCGAAAGCUCAGGACUUGUGUCUUUCUUUCGACGCUUUGGGGAAAGAAACAGGGCAGGAACUGUUGGUUAAGAAGACAUGGCAUGUCUUACAGAGUUUUAUAUUUUUAAGGAUUUUACGCUGCCAUGAAGGAUUUGAUGAAUGUAGACAAUUGGGGACUUGUCUUACAAUGUUCUUAAUGUCUUUUGUGUUCUUAUGCAAAACUACCUGAUGACGCGUGCUGAUGUCUUGAUAUUUUAUUAGUUUUUAGCAUUAUUUCUAACAAGUUGAUUUUAUUGAUUCACAACACUGAAUUUCAGGGACUGAAAUGCAUUUUAUUUUUGUUCUUUGUCUUUUUAAAGUUUGUCUUAUUUUUAUGUAAUAAAGUGUGGAUUCCACCUUUAAA